AUGUCGAUUUCGUUCUCGCAAGAGCUGCUCAUCCCCACCGUACUCGUGCUUCUUGUUUCCCUGUCCUUGUACUUCAGGUCUAGUAAUAGAUCAAAGAAUCCAUCGGUGCUCCCAAUCGACUGGCCAAUAGUGCACAUGUUGCCGGCAUUCAUUGCCAACCUCCAUAACUUGUGUGACUAUUGUGCUGCGAGCCUCGCCGAAUCAGGCCACAACUUCAGGAUACAUCUUCCCCAAGCGCACAUGUUCCUCACUUGCGACCCUGUGAACAUCCGGCACAUCUUCACGACGAACCACACAAACUUCCCAAAGGGUGUGGAGUUCGCAGCCAUCUUCGACAUCAUGGCUGGAAGCUUCUUCACCAUUGAUGGUGAGCCGUAUCAUCGGCAGCGCGUGAAAUUUCAUAGCGUGCUCGGCAACCCACGGUUGGUUGCCAGUAUGGUAGCUUGCUGCCGCGACAAGAUGGAGAAUGGCCUCCUCCCAUUGUUCACCCAAAUGGCGAGCACCGGCACUCCAUUCGACAUGCAAGAAGUGGUUUCGAGGUUUAUGUUUGACCUGGCUGCCACAUCACUCUUUGGUGUGGACACUAGCCUCUUAUCCUUGGACAUGCCUCCCAUGGACGUUGCGAUUGCGAUGGACACGGUAAUGGAGGUAGCCCUUUUCCGGCACAUCCUGCCGGCCUCUUGCUGGAAGGCUAUGAGGUGGCUAAACAUCGGCCCAGAGAGAAAGCUCGAUGCGGCACACACGGUGCUACGAGGGUUUGUCACAGAUAUGAUCAAGAAGAAGAUUAACAGAGGCUGUAUUGGUAAUGAAGAGGAGCAAGAAAGUGCAGAUAUUCUAUCUUCCUACAUCAACGAUCCAGACUAUGCCGAUGUUGAAUUGCUCCAUGCGAUGCUCCUCGCUUUUAUGCUCGCUGGGAAGGACACAAUUGGCGUGACCUUGAUAUGGACCUUCUACAAGCUCGCCCAGAAUCCUAAGAUUGUGUCAAUCAUCCGCAGUGAACUCUCACCCAUUGCAUUACACAAAAUAGACACGGGUACGGGCGCCAUGGUAAUCUUUGACCCAGAGGAGACAAAAUCCAUUGUCUACUUGAGAGCUGUCUUGUAUGAGACUCUCAGAUUGUACCCACCGGCCCCUUUCGAGCGCAAGACAAUGGUUGCUGAUAAUAUCAUGCCGAGUGGUCAUGAGGUGCACGCCGGCGAAACCAUCCUUAUUUCACUCCACUCCAUGGGGAGGAUGGAGGACAUAUGGGGCAAGGAUUGUCACGACUACAACCCGCAUAGGUGGCUCUUGGAGGGUAGCAACAAGUUGAGGUAUGAACCAUCUCACAAGUUUUUGUCCUUCAACUCGGGUCCAAGGAUUUGCCCUGGGAAGGAAAUCGCUGUUAUCCAAAUGAGAACCAUCGUUGCCACGGUGGUAUGGAACUUUGACUUGGAGGUGGUGAAAGGACAGAGUAUCGAGCCGAAGUUGUCUUGUACACUACAGAUGAAAAAUGGGCUCAUAGUGAAGCUGAAGAAGCGUGAAAUACGUGAAAUAUAA